GAGCAGGAGGCGGCGGCGAUAAUCCGCCUGCUGCAGCUCCGGUCCAGCCGUCCUCAGAGCUGCGCGCAGCGGGCGUCGGGUCGUCAUGGAGCCGCUCAGUCUCCGCCUGUUCCACCUUCCAGAAUCUCUGUGGACACACAAAGAAUGAAAACAUCGACAUUCGAGUUUGGGACUAACGAAGGCCGCCGCUGUCUUUGUUCCUGUCGUUAUCGGGGCUUUGCGCAUCUUGAGCGGUGCGCUGCGCCGUCCGAUGCCGGGAGCGCAGCGCUUUGGAUGUUUCUGCAGCUUCCUUUUGGCUCAGUAAGGAUCAGUUUGGGAGUGUUUGCUCACCAUCCAUCAGGAUUAUGAUUUUCUCGGAGAUGAGCACGGGGACCAACUCUCCAAAGGUGCACCCACCAAACGGGACCAGGUUUUACACGUUCCAGGAGUUCGCGGUGCUGACAAAGGAGCUGAACGCCUGCAGGGAGCAGCUGCUGGAAAAGGAGGAGGAGAUCUCUGAGCUGAAAGCCGAGAGGAAUAACACCAGGCUGCUGUUGGAGCAUCUGGAGUGUCUCGUGUCCAGACACGAGCGGUCGCUGCGUAUGACGGUGGUGAAGCGACAGGCACAGUCUCCGUCUGGAGUCUCCAGUGAGGUUGAAGUUCUCAAAGCGCUCAAGUCUUUGUUUGAACACCAUAAAGCUCUAGAUGAGAAGGUACGAGAGAGACUACGAGUGUCCCUGGAGAGAGUGUCGGCCUUGGAGGAGGAGCUUACAGCUGCCAAUCAGGAGAUUGUGGCCUUACGGGAGCAGAAUGCUCACAUUCAGAGGAAAGUUGCAUCCGGAGAGGGUGGUGAGGACAUCCUGGACGGCAGCGAAGCUCAGCAGAAGGUCCACGGCAAGCGUCUGUCUAACGGCUCUCUGGAGUCGGCCCACGAGGCCAGCCAGGUGGUGGAGCUCCAGGACCUGCUGGAGAAGCAGAACUACGAGCUGGCCCAGAUGAAGGAGCGCAUGUCCUCCCUCUCCUCCCGGGUGUCUGAGGUGGAGCAAGAGCUGGAGACGGCCCGCAAAGACCUGAUCAAGUCUGAGGAAAUGAACAACAAGUACCAGAGGGACAUCAAAGAGGCGAUGUGUCAGAAGGAGGACAUGGAGGAGCGGAUCGUCACGCUGGAGAAACGCUACCUGAGCGCCCAGCGAGAGUCCACGUCGGUGCACGACAUCAACGACAAGCUGGAGAACGAGCUGGCCAACAAGGAGGCGUUCCUCAGACAGAUGGAAGAGAAGAACCGACAGCUCCAGGAGAGGCUGGAGCACGCGGAGCAGAAGCUCCAGCAGACCAUGAGGAAGGCUGAGACGCUGCCGGAGGUCGAGGCCGAACUGGCCCAGAGAAUAGCGGCCCUGACCAAGGCGGAAGAGCGGCACGGAAGCAUCGAGGAGCGAAUGAGGCACUUGGAAUGCCAACUGGAGGAGAAGAACCAGGAGCUGCUGCGGGCUCGUCAAAGAGAAAAGAUGAACGAGGAGCACAACAAACGCCUUUCGGACACGGUGGACAGACUCCUGACGGAGUCCAACGAACGCCUCCAGCUCCACCUGAAGGAGAGAAUGGCAGCGCUGGAAGAGAAGAAUUUAUUGAUUCAGGACUCAGAGGGUUACAGGAAGCAGUACGAGGAGUCAAUCCACGAAAAAUCGCAGCUGGCGGAGGAGAUUGAGAAACUGAGAUCGGAGCUGGACCAGUUCAGACUGAGGGCAGGAUCCCUCACAGAACCCACCCUGUCACGGUCUCACCUGGACACAUCAGCCGAGCUUCGAUUCUCUUUGGGGUCUCUGGCCGAAACCCAGUCGGACCACUACCGCUCCGCUAAGGUCAUCCACCGGCCAAGGAGAGGUCGAGUGGGCCUACGGGAAACCAAGGCUAAAUCAUUGGGAGAGCAUGAAUGGCGCGCGCAGCAGCUAGGGGUUCUGGGAGGUCACCACUUCGAGAGCGACACAGAGAUGUCGGACAUUGACGAUGACGACCAGGAAACAUUGUUUAGCUCCAUGGACCUGCUUUCCCCCAGCGGCCACUCAGAUGCACAAACUCUGGCCAUGAUGCUCCAGGAGCAACUGGACGCAAUCAACAAGGAGAUCCGGCUGAUUCAGGAAGAGAAGGAGUCAACGGAGCUGCGGGCGGAGGAGAUUGAGAACCGAGUGGCCAGCGUUAGCCUUGAGGGCCUCAACCUGGCCCGGAUGCAUCACCACGGCGCCUCCAUCACCGCCUCAGCCACCGCCUCCUCGCUGGCCUCCUCCUCCCCUCCCAGCGGACACUCUACCCCUAAACUUGACCCGCGGAGUCCAGCUCGUGAUAUGGAGCGCAUGGGAGUCAUGACACUGCCCAGUGAUCUGAGGAAACACAGGAGAAAGAUAGCGGCGGUGGAAGAGGAUGGGCGAGAAGACAAGGCCACCAUUAAAUGUGAAACGUCCCCGCCUCCGACGCCGCGGACCGUCCGGAUGACACACACGCUGCCAGCCUCCUCGCACAAUGACGCACGAGGAAUCGUGGUGUCUCUGGAGGCUGACGCCAGCGCCCUGAGCAGUGUAGCCAGCAGCCAAGACUCCCUCCACAAACAGCCGAAGAAGAAAGGCAUCAAGUCCUCCAUUGGGCGGCUGUUUGGCAAGAAGGAGAAGGGCCGGCUGGCACACCUGGCACACAGACAAGUCAUGGUGGAUCCACAAGGGACCCUGAUGGACCCGGAUAUGGCGGGUCAGGACAUGGGCGUCGGCAAGUUGGGAACUCAAGCAGAGAAGGACCGCAGGUUGAAAAAGAACGGGCAUGAGCUGCUGGAGGAGGCCAGGAGGAAAGGGUUACCUUUUGCACAGUGGGACGGCCCCACGGUCGUAGCCUGGCUGGAGCUGUGGUUGGGGAUGCCGGCGUGGUACGUGGCGGCGUGCCGUGCCAACGUAAAGAGCGGUGCCAUCAUGUCGGCUCUGUCUGACACGGAGAUCCAGAGGGAGAUCGGGAUCAGUAACCCACUGCACCGGCUCAAACUCCGCCUGGCCAUCCAGGAGAUGGUCUCCCUCACCAGCCCCUCUGCCCCUCCCACCACCAGAACCCCGUCAGGCAAUGUAUGGGUGACCCAUGAGGAGAUGGAGACCCUGGCAGCCCCCUCCAAAACGAAAUCGGAUUCUGAAGAAGGCAGCUGGGCGCAGACUCUAGCUUACGGCGACAUGAACCACGAGUGGAUAGGGAACGAGUGGCUGCCCAGUCUCGGACUACCUCAGUACCGCAGCUACUUCAUGGAGUGCCUGGUGGACGCCCGCAUGCUGGACCAUCUCACCAAGAAGGACCUGAGGGUGCACCUGAAAAUGGUGGACAGCUUUCACAGAACAAGUUUACAAUAUGGCAUCAUGUGUCUGAAGAAGCUCAACUACGACCGGAAAGAACUGGAGAGGCGGCGGGAACAAAGCCAGCACGAAAUGAGAGACGUGCUGGUGUGGAGUAACGAGCGCGUUAUCCGCUGGCUGCAGAGUAUAGGCUUGAGGGACCACGCUAACAUCCUGCUGGAGAGCGGCGUGCACGGCGCUCUGGUCGCCUUGGAUGACAACUUUGACUACAGCAGCCUGGCGCUGCUCCUCCAGAUACCGACACAAAAUACUCAGGCACGUCAGCUUCUGGAGCGAGAGUACAAUAAUCUGCUGGCGCUCGGCACCGACAGGAGGCUGGAUGAGUGCGACGACAAAGACUUCAGAGGUCCGUCAUGGCGGAGGCAGUUCCCGCCACGGGACGUGCACGGUAUCAGUAUGAUGCCCGGAUCAGCAGAGACUCUCCCUGCUGGAUUCCGGCUCACCGCCAGUGGUCACCCCCGGAGACUGCCCCCUGAAGUCCUGUAUGAGGCAUUGGACGACAGUCCUGAUGACAUGUAUCUGGACUGGUUUCAAGUUGGCCCGUCUGCAGUGCAGCGGCUGGACAGCUCCACGGUGAGAACCUACUCAUGCUGAGAGGAGGAAGCGAGGGAUCGUAAACUGUACGCUGCACAGUUUUGAGACGAGGCGGACUAGCGGAGCUGCUCAACGUGGAACAAAAACCCUUCUGAUGAAAAUGCACUGCCAAGUAGCCCCACCUCUAAAAGAACAUAGGCACCAGAUGUUGGCGCCGCGCCUUCCGGCAGGCCGCCCCAUCAUCACCAUUUCUACCUUUUACAUGUACAGUAACUUGUUGAAGCAUAACGUACAAGAGGUGUGCAGGUUAUCUGUAAAUGAAUAUAAAUAAAUACACCUUUGUUUUAUAAAUAUAUACACAGGUCUAUGUAUAAAAAUAUUCAGAUUUUGUGAGAAACAAAAAGAAGUGUCCCUGCCACCUCAUUUAGUGGACCAUAGAUUAAUAUGCUGCUCUUUAAAAAACAAAAAGUCGACAUAUUACCCUCGACGAUCAUUUUGUAUAUAUGGUUUUAUUUUUUCAUUGUGAUGAUGAUGAUGAAGAACCUGUGCUGCUUUAUAGAGGAAGAGACUGGAUGUUGUGUGAAAACCUGCCCUCUAGUGGUGCACAAAAACCACUGCAUUUCCCUUUCUGACGGACACGCUGUCAAUGAAAGGAGCAUUUUAACCGGAAAGCAACAAGAAGCACUUUGAUACAACCGCAACAACUCAACGGACUAUCCAGUAGCCAAGGACAAACCGAAAUGACCACAUCGCACAAACGUGUCCUGUCGGAGAAUAAAAGAGGGGACAAAAAAGAACAUAAUUUGUAGAAAGCGUCACACUCUUUGUACUGUACCUUUUUGUCGGACUCGACGGCCAAUCACAGGACGAGUCUGCACUCAGCCGAGCUAGCCUUCUCCCGCUCCGAGCUAACAACUAAAAGACAGGAUACUUUAGCUUGUAACGAGUGUGCGAUCACGCCAGAGUGACUUUACGAA